AUUUUAGAGCUGCUAUUUUUACAGUAUUUGCAAAGACAUUUUUCUAAUUGAAACGUUGUACCCUAUUUGUAAUGCGCUGAACCUAAGGUAGGUAUUGACUUUGGGGUACUGCACGUGCCUGAAACGGCCAUUCUCCUCGACCCGAUAGGCUGGACAGUCCCCCCAACUGCUGAAAAUGCCCUUUGCCAGGGUACAGCGCUGAAGCGAAGCGCUAAGGCUGCCAAGACGAAAAACGAUUCAAAUUUCAGCGUUCUUCGCUCAAUGACAGGUUUCGCUACAGGCCUCCCUCUUAAAAGUGUGCUUGAUACGGCAGUUGAGGGGAUAACCACGAGUCUCUAUGAGAGCAUAGAAUCGCUCUCUGGAACCCUAAGCUAAGUGAACAAAUAUGCCAGAAUAGUAUUGUGUUCGUUGUCCUGGGUGUUAGAGGGGUCCUAACAAGAGAUGAGGCUACCCCUAGCUAGGUAAGACAUGCGGGGGGAAGGGAGACCUGAUGGAUAAACCAGACCUGUGCCUUGGGCGUUCUUGCAACACUGUUGUUUCCGCGACCUUCUCCGAUGACGUUUGAAAUCAAUGUGAAAUUUGACAAUUUUGUAUAUGAUAACAAGUCAGGUAUCCUUAAUUGUCAAACGUCUUAGGCAAGGACCAUUCUCUAGGAUACCAAAUGAACCAAUUUGGGCAUACAUCAUGGCUUUACGAAAAGAUGUAUAACUCGCCAAUGAUGAAGGCGAAACGGAGGUUUGCAAUACUAAGUACAUUGGGAGCAGCUGUAUCUAUCUGUCAACCAACCAAUAAGGACAUACAUUGUCACUGAUCGGGUUCGGGUUAAGGCCAAGGUCGCAUUCGAAUCUCAAAGCAGCCCGGGGAUUGAAGAUACGAAGCGCCUAUUCCCCUUCUUUACAUGGUGGAUUUACACUGUUUCUGGUGAUAAUGGCCUCUGGCUCCUUGGCUCACCGCUUCUGAACAUUAGCUUAAGUAUACAUGUGUCGCAAGCCCCAAAGGCGCCGUUGAUACAUAAUGAAUCAUGACUGUGUGCAGGGGUAUAAAUCCGUCGCUAUGCUCCUGUAAUGCUCCCAUCUUUAAAAUCCGCUUGACUGAGAAAUAACAGCUCUGAUGGGUAUUGAGUUCUAGGAAGAAGAAGGGCCUGCUUCAUGCAAACCGUCCACGCUUUCCACCCCCACCAAAACCGUCUCUCCCUUGCCCCAAAUUCCCGAUAUCGAAGAACUCCCCAAAAUUGAUCUUUCUCUUCUGGCCACCCCCCCUACCAGUGGUACCAUUGGGCCGAUUACCGAUUCGAGUGUGGUUGUUGUGCCGUGUUCGCGGUGGCCGAGAGACGCCAAGACCCGACAAUACCGUGUUUGAGGUAUGUGAGGCAACUGACCCAUCGUGAUUAGGAACGCGAGUGUUGUCUGAAAUGUCAAGGCCUGACAGUAUUAUGUCUGCAUCUUGCGGAUAGGGAUGGGCAGAUCGGAAUGUAAAAGUUGCUUGUGAAGGUGUGGAGUUAGGCGCCGAGUCCACACUGUGCGAGACGAUGGUUGGUGGGGCAGAUUCUGUUCGCAUCGGAGAAACUGCUCUAAUCGGAUUUGAUGUCGUGGGAAUACGGCUCGAGCUUUGUGAUCUUUGAAUAGUUGGGGAUGAACCGCGCUCUGCCUUGUCAGAAGCUUCAUCAUCGCUCUCGAUAUUUGGAGUUACAGAAUCCCUGCCAUCCAAUCGUUCGGUAGCCCAUCUUCGGACCCUCCAACCCUCCCCAUCACUCAGCCCAAUGUCUUCCUUAUCAAGAAACGUCAGGAGCUCGUCCAGAGCAUCUUGAUACCCCUCAGCUCGAGCCCUCCCUUGAUCGACGGCAGCGCUUUUGUAGAGAUUGGUGACAGACAGGGCCGCGGCUUUGAAGGCAGUGAGGAGCUGCUCGGGCGGGUCCUGGUGCUUGGAUGUAAUCGAGGCAGCGGCUGUUAUAGGUGUUGCACGCGGGAGAGAAGUGUCCAGGCUUCUCAUAGAGUCCAUGAUUGCGAUGCAGUCGUGCUGCUGUUUUUGGUUAAGGUGGGUUCGGCUGGGUUAAGUCGAGGUCGGGGGUAGGCAAAGCAGGUAAGAGAGUGAGCUCAGCGAAGUUCGGCAGGCUGUAGAGUCAUUGAAUAAAAGACUGACGAGUGGCGCCGCUAAAGAGCCUCGAGUGGUGAUGCUGGAGUAGGUAGGCAGCGAGAAACAGAAAUCUCUGGAAUAGAGGAUGGAGUGGAGUGGAGUGGGGUGGAGUGACUGGAGUGGAGUCCGCGGCGGUGGACAGGCAAUGGAAUGAAAAUGCAGGUGGGUUUGAUACUGACGAUGCAUGUCCUGACUUUGCUGCCUGGCUGCACCGUUCUCCCGGCAGUUAAGAUAUUCCGCUCCUCGCCGCUCCGCGCGCUACGCUCCGCUCCUAAAACUGAAUGUCCUUCUUCGGAUCGGUAUUAUUAUAUUCCGCAAGUUUGUGGGCGCGGUGCUCAAGCCAAAAUUCCGCUCACCAGCCUAAGACAGGGCGCUGUCGCCCUCAAUCACUCCAUCGUAGACGCGUCGACGGGAUACUUAUUUCAUUUCCUUCUAAACACGCGCUUCUUCUCAAAAGUCCAACUUGUUGCGAACGCGACCGGAUACCGUUUCUCAUCCUGAAAAGACAACAUAACGCGCGAGUCGCUAGAAUCGUAGCCUGUCCCCUGCUUGCUCUCCUCGAGAGAGGUAGAUUUACCAUGGCACCACGCUCCUCACGCACGAGUGGCGCCGACACCGACACAUCGAUGGCAGACAUGUCGGAGCCUAUUACACAGUUGCCUGUUGAUCCAAUGGAGGUCGACGAAACGCCAGAUUAUACAGAAGAUUCAGACACGAAUCCCAAUACGACUGCCAGCAGCGUGGUGGGAGAACCGGUAGAUGGUAGAAAAAAAAGAUCACAGGCAACUCUCCUCCGACGAAGUGUCUUUGGAAAGAAGCACGAUGUUCUUGGCGAAAGCAAGGAAGAUGAUUCGAUUCGGCGAUUUCGAUACCUCCUUGGUUUGACCGACCUCUUCAGACAUUUCAUUGAAACCAACCCAAACCCACGAAUCAAAGAGAUCAUGGUCGAGAUUGAUCGCCAGAAUGCAGAGGCAGAAAAGGCUGUCAAAAAGGGUCGAGAUAGGCAAGGUGGCGCAGCUGUUGUAGGACGACGGAGAACUGAAGCCGAGGAAGAUGCCGAGUUGUUGAAAGAUGAGAAAGCUGGAGGUUCGGCAGAAACCGUCUUUCGAGAAUCACCAGGCUUCAUUAAGGGCGGAGAGAUGCGAGAUUAUCAGGUCGCUGGGCUGAACUGGCUAAUAUCCCUCCACGAGAACGGUAUCUCUGGCAUUCUGGCCGACGAAAUGGGUCUAGGAAAGACCUUGCAAACCAUAUCCUUUCUUGGAUACUUGAGACACAUUAUGGAUAUCACCGGCCCUCAUUUGGUCGUAGUCCCGAAGUCCACACUCGACAACUGGAAGAGAGAAUUCGCCAAGUGGACUCCGGAAGUCAAUGUACUUGUUCUUCAGGGAGCAAAGGAUGAACGCCAUACCCUGAUCAACGAUCGCCUGAUCGAUGAGAAAUUCGACGUCUGUAUCACCAGUUACGAAAUGAUUCUUCGUGAGAAGUCUCAUUUGAAGAAAUUCGCAUGGGAAUACAUUAUUAUUGACGAGGCCCACCGCAUCAAGAACGAAGAAUCCUCCCUCGCCCAAGUCAUCCGAGUAUUCAAUUCUCGAAACCGACUUCUUAUUACUGGUACACCACUACAGAACAACUUGCACGAGCUUUGGGCGCUGCUCAACUUCCUACUUCCCGAUGUCUUUGGUGAUGCCGAGGCGUUUGACCAGUGGUUCUCCGGUCAGGGAGAAGAUCAGGAUACAGUUGUUCAGCAGCUCCAUCGUGUCCUGCGACCUUUCUUGCUCCGGCGUGUUAAGAGUGAUGUGGAGAAGAGCUUGUUACCCAAAAAGGAAAUCAACCUGUACAUUGGAAUGUCCGACAUGCAGGUCAAGUGGUACAAAAAGAUUCUUGAGAAAGAUAUCGACGCAGUUAACGGAGCGGGUGGGAAACGCGAAUCCAAAACUCGCCUGCUCAAUAUCGUCAUGCAACUUCGAAAGUGUUGCAACCACCCUUAUCUUUUCGAAGGUGCGGAACCUGGACCCCCUUAUACCACUGAAGAACAUAUCAUCACCAACGCUGGCAAGAUGGUCAUGCUCGAUAGACUUCUUGUCCGCCUCAGGAAGCAAGGUAGCCGAGUUUUGAUAUUCUCUCAAAUGAGCAGAUUGCUUGAUAUCCUUGAGGAUUACUGCGUUUUCAGAGAGUUUAAAUAUUGCCGAAUCGAUGGCGGUACUGCACACGAGGACCGUAUUUCAGCAAUCGACGAGUACAACAAGCCCGACUCGGAAAAAUUUGUCUUUCUUUUGACAACUCGAGCUGGUGGACUGGGUAUCAACCUGACGAGCGCUGAUAUUGUAGUCCUUUACGACAGUGAUUGGAACCCACAGGCGGAUCUGCAAGCCAUGGAUCGAGCUCAUAGAAUUGGUCAAACAAAACAGGUUGUAGUGUACAGGUUCGUGACGGAGAACGCUAUCGAGGAGAAAGUCUUAGAGCGUGCUGCACAAAAGCUGCGACUUGAUCAACUUGUCAUUCAACAGGGUCGUGCCCAGGCUGCUGCAAAGGCUGCUGCAAACAAAGACGAAUUGCUCAGCAUGAUACAACAUGGUGCCGAGAAGGUCUUCUCGUCCAAGGGACCUACGGGCAAUCUUGCGGAGAAGGGAAGUGAACUCAACGACGAUGAUAUUGACGAAAUUUUGAAGCAUGGCGAAAAACGGACAGCAGAAUUGAAUGCCCGAUAUGAGAAACUUGGAAUUGACGACUUGCAAAAGUUCACAUCAGAGUCAGCAUAUGAGUGGAAUGGCCAAGAUUUUACGAACAAGAAGAAGGAAAUCGGUAUCCAUUGGAUCAAUCCCGCCAAGCGGGAGAGAAAGGAACAGUCGUAUUCGAUGGAUAAGUAUUACAAACAAGCCCUGUCUACUGGGGGCCGUGUUGCAGAUGCAAAGCCGAAAGCCCCUCGUGCUCCCAAACAAGUCACGGUCCACGACUACCAGUUCUUUCCUGGGACCCUCCGAGAUCUGCAAGACCGCGAGACUGCUUAUCAUCGAAAGGAAAUUGGAUACAAGGUUCUUCUUCCUGAUGGUCCUGACGACCAGCUCUCCGAUCGAGAGGCGGAGCGUGCUUUAGACCAAGAAGAGAUUGACAAUGCGACCCCAUUGACGGAAGAAGAACAAGAGGAGAAGCAGCGUUUGUCGCAGCAGGGUUUUGCUGACUGGAACCGUCGAGACUUCCAGCAAUUUGUUAACGGUUCUGCAAAGUAUGGUCGCAAAGAUUAUGAUUCCAUCGCGGAUGAAGUCGAUAGCAAGACUGCAGAGGAAAUCAAGGCAUACGCAAAGGUCUUUUGGCAACGGUACACCGAAAUUGCUGACUACAGCAAGUACAUCGGCUUGAUCGAGGCUGGCGAGGAAAAGACUCGCAAGAUGGAACACCAACGUAAGAUGUUGCGCAAGAAGAUGCAGCAAUACCGUGUGCCACUUCAACAGCUCAAAAUCAACUACUCUGUGUCAACUACAAACAAAAAGGUAUAUACCGAGGAGGAGGAUAGAUUCUUGCUGGUAUUACUUGACAAGUACGGUGUUGAUAGCGAAGGACUUUUCGAACGAAUCCGCGAUGAUAUCCGCGACAGCCCGCUGUUCAGAUUCGAUUGGUUCUUCCUGAGUCGCACUCCAGUGGAAAUCAGUCGGAGGUGCACUACCCUUCUCACUACAGUAGCUCGCGAGUUUGAAGAUGCGUCUGCGCCCAAAGCCAACGGAACUGCCAAUGGCAAAGGAAAGCGAGAAGCAGAGGAUGACGAGAACGAUGAAGAUAGCGUGCUUGGCAUGGCACCUGCGAAGAAGAAGUCGAGGAAUGGUUUCAAGAACAAGGCCCUUGACAGCAUUAGAGCUGGUGCGGGAAGCAAGGCAACUUCAGCUGCGCCAUCUUCAAGAGCAUCCAGUGUGUUGUCUACUGUCUCAAACGCUGCACCUGCAACGAAGGGUAAAGGCAGGGGUAAGAAGAAGUGAUUGCCAAUGUCGGAAUCAUUAAUGCUUUCUUAGAACUUGUACUGGGAAGUAAAGAAACUGGUGCUUUGCUAAAUGGCGCGUGGAAGGUCGGAGUGCGAGGACUUGUUGCUCUUCUCAUGCUGAGAUCAACAACUCCAUUGUGUAUUUCUAGCUGUGCUUGCAGAGACAAAGAAAAAUUUAUGUAGAUUCUUGGCCUCUAUCCUUUCUCACUUGCCAGGCUUGACCACUGUAUCAUAAUGACUUUCUUAAGCGUGAAGGGAUACCCCUUCAAGCGGUGGAACGCCUUUUAGCGUGGUUUUAGCGCGGUUUUCCUAAAAGACCUUUUACAAUUUGCUAUAUAACUUAUCACCCUCUGCUUUAAAAGAAAAGCUUAUAUAGUAAUAGUUAUUAGUUCAACGUUAAACUAUUAGUAUAUAUAUUUUAUUU